UGCAUAUAAAAAAGAGAUUAGGUCAACAAGUGGUAUUGCUGCUUAUCAAACAUUCACUAAGCAAAUUAUGCAUGAAACUAUAAAUAAAAUGAUUCCUGAUAAAUGUGAUGAUUUCAAUUCCAAUCCUGGCUCAAAUUAA